GCCUUCUAAUUCUAUCUUUUUCUUAAAUCCAUUAUUCUUCUCAACCUAAACCUUUUUUCUCUCUCCCUUCAUCUUCAAGCAAGGGGUUCCAAUUCCGGUAGGAAUGUAUUGAAGAAAGAGAGGGUAUAGAAAAUGGCGAGUGGCGGAAAGGGGGAGAAGAUAUUGGUUUCGGUAAGGGUAAGGCCGCAGAACGAGAAAGAGAAGGCGAGGAAUGAUAUAUGUGAUUGGGAAUGUGUAAACAACACAACAAUAGUAUGCAAUAACAAUUUGCCUGAGAGGUCUCUCUUCCCCUCUACCUAUACAUUUGACAAAGUGUUUGGAUUUGAUUCUCCCACGAAACAAGUCUAUGAAGAUGGAGCGAAGGAGGUUGCUCUUUGUGUUCUCGGCGGAAUCAACUCAAGUAUUUUCGCAUAUGGACAGACAAGCAGUGGGAAGACGUAUACAAUGUGUGGCAUCACUAAAUUUGCAAUGGAUGACAUUUUUUGUUACAUUCAAAAGCAUACGGACCGCAAAUUUACCCUCAAAUUCUCUGCGAUUGAGAUCUACAAUGAAGCUGUGAGGGAUCUCCUAAGUGGGGAUAAUAAUCAACGGAGGCUCCUCGAUGAUCCAGAGAGAGGAACCGUCGUUGAGAAACUUAUUGAGGAGACCAUCCAAGACAGAACACAUCUAGAGGAACUUCUUACAGUCUGUGAAACUCAGAGGAAGAUUGGAGAGACCUCCCUGAAUGAAGUUAGCUCUAGAUCACAUCAAAUACUCCGGCUGACAAUCGAAAGCACUGGUCGAGAAUAUUCUCCGGAUAGCUCAAGCACUCUUGCAGCGUCCGUGUGCUUCAUUGAUCUGGCUGGAAGUGAACGUGCUUCUCAGACUUUAUCUGCUGGUACAAGAUUGAAAGAAGGUUGUCAUAUAAACAGGAGUUUACUUACUCUUGGAACGGUCAUCCGCAAACUAAGGUUCGAUCCAUGUGAUAUAGCUCAAUCUCAGGUGGAGAAUUUACUUAAAUCAACAGCAGAAGAGCGGUCUUCUAGGAUGGAUGAACAAUCCAUGUUUAGCUCCAUGGAUUUUGAUGCUGAUUUCCGAAGAAGAAGCUAUGAUUCAACAGAUCUUGGAGAACCUAGUAUCAUCAAUAACUUAACCGAGAGGAACUUUGAGUUUUUGGAAAAUUCUGAAGAAGAUGAUUUCCUGCUAGAUGAUAAGACCCCUCAAUUUUCGAGGCAUAACCUGUAUGAUGACUGGGAAGAGUUGGUUCAAAUAACCGACGAAAGACUGGAAGAUGCAUGCAAAGAAGUUAGAUGCAUUGAACCUGAAGCUGAGCAGAGUAGUGGACAACCAGCAGCAUGCGAAAGCCAUGACUCAUUAGACGACAUUGUUGAUAAGAUAGCUAUCUCUGAGGUUCUCUCACCUAGAAAGGAAGAAACUUUACCAGGUCUGGAACACGAACAAAGCUAUAACCCUUCUACAGGUAUUGAGAAAGCCGAGAAUGAAGACAUGGAGAUUAGCAUACCUGCAGCAAAGGAAGAAACUUUACCAGCUCUAGAAUACGAACAAAGCUAUAACUCUUAUACAGGUAAUGAGAGAGCCGAGAAUGAAGUCAUGGAGAUUAGCACACCUAGAAAGGACGAACCAUUAUCAGCUCUGGAAUACGAACAAAGCUAUAACUCUUCUACAAGUAAUGAGAAAGCCGAGAAUGAAGAUAUGGAGAUUAGCACACCUGCAGAAAAGGAAAAUGUUGACUUAUCUUUAAAAACAAUAGAUGUGAAUGCUAAGCCUGAGACCUAUGAGCUAACUCUAAAGAACUCGGAUUUGGAGAUAGGCCCAUCAGUUGAAGCUCAAGAAUCACAGGAAUCUGUGAAUGAAGAGGAACAAAUGAAGAAUGAAGAGAGGAAAAUGAGUCCUUCCACAAAGCAAGCUGAGCAAUGCUUAAAUAAAGAAGAAAAUGCUCAGUCAGAACAGCAAUCAACGGAAGACUGUGAAUUGAAUUCACUCCCUAUUAAUAACCAAUCAGAAGCAACAGUCGAAGUGGAGUUAACACCCAACGAUGCUAAGUUAGAUGAGGAUGCGACAUCUAGAGAUAAGUGGGAGAGCAAACAGCAACAAGAGGCUGAUAAAGAUUGUAACGAAUCAUCUGUCUGCAAAAAUAUUGGGACAGAUGAUAAUGACAACGACACUUACAUGGCUUUGAAAGAAAAAGUUAAGGAGAUGCAGAAGAAAAUUGAAUACCUUAUGAGCAUGCACACAGCAGAACAACAACAAUCACCCUCCUUCAGAAGAGAUUUCAAGAGUCCUCCAGAAUAUUUUACUGCCAAAAGAAGCCGAAGUUGCAGAGAAAAUCUCUUGAGUGUUAGAUCUCCUCAUUGGUUUGAGAGUUUGGAAGUUAGUAACAAUACAUCACCUACCUGGAGGGUUAUGCAGACAAAAGCUUCUCCUGGAAGACCCAACACUUCGAGCAUUUCCUUUGAUUCAGGGAGUUCUACCUCCAUUGAUACGCGUAGCCUGAAAGACUAUGAUCCUGAGAUGGGCAAUAGCUUCCGUGAAUUUGUAGCAGGGCUUGAGGAAAUGGCAAAGAAGCAUCACUCAAUUGACUCGACACCGGAGCUAGAUUAUGGGAUUCCAUACGCUCCCACAAAAACCGAAAGAAUGGAGAUCAGACCGGAAAGCCCUGCAGAUAGCGUUAGAGGAAACGAGAAUGCAUUGCCAAAUCCUCAGGAUAUAAAUAAAGAAACCACAGAUGCCACCAAUAAUCAGUCACAGAGAGAGCAGGUAGAAGAAGCAAAACCUAAGGAAACAGAUUCCACAGAGGCUUCCCAGGAGAAACUACAGGUAGCUGCUAAUGGACAAUAUUCAAUCAGUUCUUCAGACUUUGAGAGACAGCAAAGGAAAAUAAUUGAGCUUUGGGCAGCAUGCAAUGUACCACUGGUUCACAGAACCUACUUCUUUUUGCUCUUCAAAGGUGAUCCUUCAGACUAUGUUUAUAUGGAAGUUGAACUUCGAAGGCUAUCUUUUCUGAAGCAGACGAUAUCUAAUGACAUGGAAACAUCAAGGAUGCAAACAGUGAAGGCACUCACACGCGAGAAGGAAUGGAUUUCCAAACAAUUACCAAAGAAGUUUCCAUGGAACCAAAGAAUAGGGCUUUACCAAAAAUGGGGCGUGGAGGUGAACUCAAAGCAGAGAAGCCUGCAAGUGGCGCACAAGCUGUGGACCAACACCCAAGAUAUGGACCACAUAAAAGAAAGUGCUUCUCUUGUGGCUAAGCUGCUUGGAUUUGUUGAGCCAAGUCGAAUGCCGAAGGAAAUGUUUGGCCUCAGCUUGUUACCUAGAACCGAAAACGUAAAAUCAUCUGGCUGGAGAUUUACCAAAUCAUUCUCUGCUAUACGCUUGACCAGAUGAUAACCAGAGCACAAUUAUAAAACAUAAACAAGACAGAAGUCUCCAAACACUGAUAGUUAAGUUGUGAAAGGCUUGAAUGUAAGAUAAGUCAAGUUCUGCUUGUACCUGAUUGCGAAAGAAUCCAAAAUUGUAGCCCUUAUGUUAUAGUUUAGAUCAAGGAAAAGGGUGUGCCAAGAACGUUAAUUUUUUUGUGUUCAUUUAUAAACACUAACUUAGAGAGAGAAUUUACAAAACAAAGAGAAUCUCGCAAGCUCAGACAUGCUACAUAUGAGUAUAUUAUGAUGCAAGAACAGAGCCUUCAGUGAUUUUCCACCCUGACUUGGACCAGA